AUGAUCGAUAAAAGGAAAUUGGAUGCAGUUAAUCUGGAAAAGGUUCAUCGUGAAGUAGAUAUUAUGAAACAGCUGGACCAUCCUCACAUCAUUAAACUAUAUCAAGUUAUGGAAUCAAAAGAUAUGAUAUAUAUUAUUUCGGAAUAUGCCAGUCAAGGAGAAAUAUUUGAUUACAUUGCCAAGUACGGUCGAAUGACAGAAGCGGCUGCUAGAAAAAAGUUUUGGCAAAUACUCUCAGCGGUUGAAUAUUGUCACAACAGACACGUUGUACACAGAGACUUAAAAGCGGAAAAUUUGCUACUUGAUGCUAAUAUGAAUAUUAAAAUCGCUGACUUUGGAUUUAGUAAUUAUUUUACUCCUGGCGAACAGUUGGCUACUUGGUGUGGAUCGCCCCCUUACGCUGCUCCUGAAGUUUUCGAAGGCAAAAAAUAUUAUGGUCCCGAGAUUGAUGUUUGGAGUAUGGGAGUAGUUUUGUAUGUAUUGGUUUGUGGAGCACUACCAUUCGAUGGAAGCACGUUGCAUUCGCUCAGAGAUAGAGUUUUGUCUGGACGAUUUCGUAUACCAUACUUUAUGAGCACAGGUUGUGAAUCAUUGAUACGUAAAAUGCUCAUAUUAGACCCAAAUAAAAGGUAUACCGUCGAACAGAUCAAAAGGCAUCCUUGGAUGUUGGAAGAAGCCCCGAGACUUCUGCCGGGUACGAUCGCAGAAAUGCCGGCAGAACCUAAUGAUCAAGUGUUGCGGUUCAUGAGCAGUUUAGAUAUAAAUACGACGAGAACUAGACAGUCGCUGAGGAAUCGGACGUAUGAUCAUUACGCUGCCAUUUACUAUCUGCUGUUGGAGAAACUCAAACAGCAACAGUCGCAAGAGAACAGCAGCCACUAUCUACAGGACCGGCGGCUGUCGGAGAAACUGUUCUCGUACGAACAGCCGCAACUGUUCACGGGGCACUCGAGCCCCAACAAGCGGGCGUCGAUUGACUGCCCAGCCGGGCACCAGUACAUGCAACCUGACCUAUGGAAACAGCCCAAAACCAGUGCGGCCGUUCACCUGAACAGCGGCCACACGCCGUCCAACCGACCGCGGUCGUACAGCCAGGGCCGGGCUGUUCAGCAUUCUGUCAACCUGGCUGACCUCUGCAAGUCACCGCAGCAACAACACCCACCGUUCAGAGAGCUGCCUCAGCUGCCCAAGUUCAAGGGCUGCAAACCGGACAAGAUCGACAUGGCGCUUCAGGCGCCACACGACGAUGGACCGAAAAUGUGCUAUCACAACCGGUUGGAUCACAUGACCAUGAUGGCACCGCAGUACUCGACGUCGACGGACGAAGGCAUCGAGACGGACCUAGAGGACGCCGCUGCUUCGUCCAGCCCCACGCAACAGUCACACCGGUCGGCGUAUCCACCUGCGGCUGGCGGCGGCCCCGUAAUCAAAAGCCACAGCCAGAAUCUGGCGGAUCACCUGCAGUGCGCGGCGAACCUGCAGCAGUACGAAUCGGACUUGCAGGUGUCCAGCCUGCCAUCGUGCGCCAACGAAAUGAAGUAUGCUGUGGACUGCACGGCGAUAUGCACGGCCGCGGCCGCAGUGGCGGCGGCCAACAGCUGUCCACCGCCGUCGUGGGAUCGGCGCGCCUCGUUCCUGGCGCACAACCACAGCUCCGCGGGCGACGGCGUCCGGCCGCGCACCGACAACAUGUCGCCCGUCAGCUUCCGCGAGGGAAGACGGGCGUCCGACGGACUGAUGAACCAGAUUGACCCGGCUGUCAUGGCUGCGGCUGUCGUUGCGGUGGCUAACGCUGUGCAGUCGUCGACACCCAGGUCGCCUCAGCUCCAGCAGUACAACGGUCGCAUGCCGGGAGGCGCCGGUGGCAACGGAAAACUGUUCCAGCUGCAAGAAUGUGGUGUACAAAAAGAACACGAGACGCUCAAGAUGCUGUAUCAGAGCUGUUUGCCUAACGACGAACAGGUGGUGUCGAACCGGAAGCAAGCCGCGGCGGCCGAGUACCGGUGUGGUAAGGACGUGCCACCUAGGUCACCGUCGGCCGCCAUGGCCAAGCGGUUCAACUACACGGACGGUUACGCGCUGGACAAGUCCGGGCUCCAGCAGCAGCUGUUCCAGCAGCGGUUGCUCCAGCACAAGCGGACCGCGUUGCACAAGCAGGGUGCGGCGGCGUCGGCGGCUGCGUUCAAUCAGUGCGGCGUGACGGCUGCCGACUUGCCGGCCAACAAGCGGCAGCACCACGCUCACCGGCAGCCGUCGUUGCAGUACAACAACAAGGCUGUACAACUCUCGUCGCCCCAACACGGUGCCGGUGGUGGUGGCGGCGACUGCCACGGCCAUGGCGCGACGCAAUUCCAAUCGGACGGCAGCUGGCAAUCGUUGCCGCACACCAUGGCCACGUGCCAGAUCAACGACUUCGACGGCCAGGCCAAUUGGCUGUCGGUGCCCGACCCGCAACACCACUGGUACUGUACGUCCGGUCAGCAGUACAACUUCUCCAAGAAUUAUUCUCAGCUCAGCAGUACGGUAAACGUGCCAAUGGGCAGUUCUUUGUUAGCGGCCAACGACGUGAUGUGGACAUCGCCAAGACUGCAAUCGCUGUCGGAAAACACUAUUUCGGAACUCGGAGAACAAAUGGAAUCCGGUUAA